AUGCCACCGGCCAGAGCGGAGCCACGGAGCACGCCCAGUCGCCGAGGCGCUACUACAAAAGUGGCAUCGGCGCGAAUCCAAGAACUUGAAUCUCGCCUCGCAUUGUACGAGCCCAGAAAUUUUAUCCCUAAUGCGACUGCCGUGACUCCAUCCCCUCGCCAAGGUGAAGAAUUGGCAACACAGCGGAUCUCAACCGAGCGCGACAUCGGCUCAAGCCAAGAGUUUGGAGAUCGAGUGCAAACCCUCUUUGAGCGAAGGUCGACCCGAAUAUCCGAAUCCAGCAUUCAAUCAUUCAAAUCAGCAAGGCAAUCUCUCUUUCCCGAAAAUCCAAGACCACUUCGGCCUAGGGAGAGUCGAGGAGACAGCGGGCGCGAUGAUCUGGAACUUCCCUCGGAGGAAGAGGCAUUCCAACUACUCGAUACGGUCUUGUUCUAUUUCGAAGAGCCUCAGCACCUAUUCGACGCCCGGGAUGUCUCUGAUCGACUGACGUCAUUCUACGAAAAUCAGAGUGAACAACUUGAUCAUCCCAAUAUCCGAGUUCUCCAAAUACUUGUCAUUCUAGCUCUUGGAAGGCUGCUUCGAGGCGAGGAAGACCAUCUGGGCCAACCUCCAGGAACAGGAAUAUUCAUAUUUGUCCGAGAUCACCUACCGAACCCCGAAGACCUUCGAUCUCAUGGCGUGCCGGGCAUAGAGGUUUUGGCAAUCAUCGCAAUAUACCUGCAGAAUAUUGAUCAAACGGAGGACGCCGCUACCUAUAUUGGGCUCGCCCUUCGCUUAGCGAUGCUACAUAAACUACACCGGAAAGCCAUCAUGAAGCAUCUUCGGCGCUCGGAGGUAACGCAUGUUAGCCGUCUUUGGUGGACGAUACACUCACAUAACAAGCGAUUGAUGAUAGCUACCGGCUGUUCACUAAGUCUAGACGACAGGUCUGUCGACGCUUGUUCUUUGGCUGAAUCCCCUGGCUUCCCAAAUCCAUCCGCCUUGCAGAUCAAUAUUGAUAUUGCACAAAUUCAAAGUCGGAUAUAUUCCGUCAUAUACAGCAAUGAAUCUUGCCCCAACAACGUUUUUCUCGCGAAUGUGGAAGGCAUCAUCUCCUCACUUCACGAAAUUGCGGCGAGAAUCGAGCAAAAUUCUUCAUUUGCAAUUUUCGGCUUUUUUGAUCUCGAUUCGAUAUUCUCUGCGGGUUUCAUCAUGCUACUGGCGGCGAUCAUCGACGCUGCCGGUGUCAGCAAUGGCCCUAAUCCGGCCUGUCUUAAACCGAGUCCAGGUAUAUACGAGGCAAUGCAGCUACUUGAGUGGCUGUCUGGGCUCCAUAACCGUGCUGCAAUGGUCCGCAUGCAGCAGAUGCUGGGACUUUACAGGCGCAUACCGUCUUUGAUGGAGGCGGUAAAUUUGCCGGAAGAUGCAAAUGAUCCAGAUAGGGUUCAUUCACUAUCGCAAGUUGAAGGAACUGUCGCUAGAACUCACUCCCCUGAAAACUACAAUCCGAGUAUCAGGAUGAGUGGAGCCUCGAUGGAGGAAUUGGACCAGAGCUCUUUGCCAAUUGAGUUUCCGACGGAUCCUCAUGAUGUAUACUCCUUGUACCAUGAUGAAGAUUUCGUUCUGACUGGAGCUGAUAUGGCUGAUUUUGAGGUGCUACAGCGGCAUUUAUUUGGGGGUGAUACCUAG